UCCUGCAUUUAAAAUUCUUGUACGUAUCACACUUGUAUUACCCCUUGUUUCUUGCCUCAUUUAAAGUCAAUAAAAUCUCCAAGAAAGUGCCUACUUAUUUCCAUGGAGAAGGUUGCAGGCAGUGGGAGCAGUUCUAGAUGGUCUCUUUCUGGAUUUACCGCUCUUGUUACUGGUGGCACACGUGGAAUUGGGUAUGCUGUUGUGGAGGAAUUAGCGGAACUGGGUGCGACAGUGUACACUUGUUCACGGAAUGAAGCAGAGCUCAACGAACGCUUGCAAGAGUGGGCCGCUAAAGGCCUUCAAGUGAAAGGUUCAGUUUGUGAUGCAUCUUCUAGGGAACAGAGAAUUCAACUCAUGGAAAAUGUUUCGUCAGCUUUUGACGGAAAGCUCAACAUUCUUCUAAGUAUAAACAAUGUGGGGACUAACAUUAGGAAGCCGACCAUCGAUUAUACUGCUGAAGAAUAUGCGCGUUUGCUUGGUAUGAACUUAGAAUCUGCAUUCCGUCUAUGCCAACUUGCUCACCCUCUAUUGAAAGCAUCUGGAAAUGGAUCUGUUGUCUUUAUCUCUUCUGUUACUGGUCUGGUGCACGUGGGGUCUGCAGGUUCUAUCUAUGGAGCAACAAAAGAGGCAAUGAAUCAGCUCACGCGAAAUUUGGCUUGUGAAUGGGCAAAAGAUAACAUUCGGGUUAAUGGUGUUGCCCCAUGGUAUAUAAGGAUGUCUUUGGUAGAACAUGUAAUAUUCUUGAUCUUCCUUAUGCAUUUCAGCUUAUGAAUUGCCAUCAUCUAACGUGCAGACUCUAACAAUUAUAUGUAUUGUAAAACAGAUCUUGUAUUUCUUUUAACAUUUCCUUACACGGUGUCUCACAAAUGUGGACUUAAUAGCUUUCUGUCAUGAGCUUUAUGAUAACUAACUAAUUUCAUUAUGU